GUUGGAUUACAGAAUCGGAUCUUGUAAAAACCAUUUUGAACCAAAGUCUCAGCCUUUUGGCCCAAAAGAAUCUGCUGGUGAAAUUUUUUCUGGGGGAGAUUGUGUUUCUAUCGUUGAGGAAAGAAUAAUAACACUCCAAGUUGGAAUCUGAAAGAGGAGAGACAGAGAAAAAAUGGAUCCAGAAGGGUUUAAAUCGAAGAUGUCUAAUUUGAAUUUAGGGAAUGUAAUGGCAGCAGCUGCUCGUGAUUAUCAGAAGGAAAUGCUAAAUAGUGAAAAAGCAGCCACCUCUAGUACAGCCAAUGAAGAAUUUGAUCUUGACGAGUUGAUGGAUGAUCCAGAACUGGAAAAGCUGCAUGCAGAUAGGAUUGCAGCACUCAAGAAAGAAUCUGAGAAACGGCAAGCUUUACAAAGGCAGGGGCAUGGAGAAUAUCGGGAUAUAUCCGAAGGGGACUUCUUGGGUGAAGUUACCGGGACAGAGAAAGUGAUUUGCCACUUUUACCAUCGGGAGUUUUACCGUUGCAAGAUAAUGGAUAAGCAUUUGAAAUCCCUUGCACCAUGCCAUUUGGAUACGAAGUUCAUUAGACUUGAUGCUGAGAAUUCACCCUUCUUUGUUACCAAACUUGGAGUGAAAACUUUGCCCUGCGUCAUCUUAUUCAGCAAGGGAAUUUCAGUAGAUAGGUUGGUGGGUUUUCAAGAUUUGGGAGCCAAAGAUGAUUUCACCACAGCGAGACUAGAGAAACUACUCAUAAAGAAAGGUAUAAUCAAUGAAAGGAAGAAGGACGAAGAUGAUGAAGAGGAAACCGGCAAUGGUUAUAAUAGUAGGUCAGUAAGGUCCCCCGUUAAUCAUGAUUCUGACUCAGAUUAGAAGAAAAAACCAAUGUAAUACUUUGAAAUUUGCCUCUUUUUGUAUGGAUGUUAUUUUGGGUUGUCAAUCUUCCUAGUUUCAUUGUGUAUAUUUUGGCUGAAUGAGUCUAAUUGUUAUCAAAUAUCUUAAUUCUCAUGAUUCCAUCA